AUGCUUGUAGGUGCAGCUUGUUUGGGUUUUAUCCUUAUUUACAACAAUAAGAUCACAAAUUUCCGUCGAGUUCACAAUGCAGCAGGGCUGAAUUUGCAGUGUUUUACUUAUAAAGAACUUGCACAAGCCACAGAUGGGUUCAAGGAAGAACUGGGUAGAGGUGCUUUUGGAAUUGUCUACAAAGGAGUAAUGCCAAUGGGUUCCAUAACCACCAUUGCAGUAAAGAAGCUGGAUAGAGUGGCUCAAGAUACUGAAAAAGAAUUCAGAACAGAAGUGAAUGUGAUAGGUCAGACUCAUCAUAAGAAUUUGGUCCGCCUGCUUGGAUUUUGCGAUGAGGGGCCUCAUCGGUUGUUGGUUUAUGAGUACAUGAACAAUGGAACUGUAGCAAGCUUUCUUUUUGGUGAUCUGAAACCAAAUUGGAAUCAGAGGACUCAAAUUGCAAUGGGGAUAACCAGGGGACUAGCGUAUCUACACGAAGAAUGCAGCACCCAAAUCAUCCACUGUGACAUCAAGCCUCAGAACAUACUUCUAGAUGAAUAUUACAAUGCUCGGAUUUCGGACUUUGGAUUGGCAAAACUUCUGAUGAUCAAUCAGAGUCGUACCCUCACUAAUAUCAGAGGUACAAAAGGCUAUGUUGCACCUGAAUGGUUUAGAAACACCCAAGUCACCACAAAGGUAGAUGUUUAUAGCUUCGGCGUUUUACUACUAGAGAUCAUUACAUGCAGAAAAAGCCUGGCGGAUUUGGAAUUUGGAGAUGGAGAAAAUCCAAUUCUUACUGAUUGGGUUUGGGACUGCUUUCGGGAAGGAAGACUAGAUACUUUGGUUGAAAAUGAUACAGAAGCCUUAACUGACAAGAAAAGACUAGAAAGGUUCGUGAAGGUUGGCAUCUGGUGCAUUCAAGAAGAUUCAUCUCUGAGGCCAACCAUGAGAAAGGCCUGCCAAAUGCUUGAAGGAAUUCUUGAAGUUAAAUUUCCCCCUUGUCCAUCUCCUUUCACCUCUACUGGUUAA